AUGAAGUACGUAGUUGUACUUUCUCUCUAUACAAUACUCUCUGCUUGCCUUGCACGUGCCGGCGAGUCUCCAGUCUAUGGGAGGCGCCGAAUGCGGCAAUUCGGUGAGCAAUUUCGGGAGUUCGAUCUCGAUAGGAACGGUGUGGUAGAUGCUCAGGAGAUCCGAAGCGCUCUCGGCAUUAUGCCUACCAGAUUUGUUGAUAUGUUUUUAAAAAGAGUUGAUGUUGAUCAAGAUGGCACAAGUAGCGGUUCACAGGGUUACGUUGAUGUACAGGAGAUCAGAUCAUCUCAGCUUGAUAUCUCCAUAGAAUAUUUGCCAAUCGUCGAGCGCUUUGUUAUCACCAGGCUGGCUGAAAUGGAUACCAAUCAGGAUGGAAUGAUUUCAAUGGAGGAGUUCAUUGACGGUUCUCUCAGGAAGAGUAUAGACGAUUAA